AUGAAAAGGGAUGAAGAAACAAAAAAUGAGGCAAGAGAUACACAGAUAAUGAUAUUAGAGAAGAGGGAUCCGUCAUGCAAGCCUGCCCGUAGACGUAAGGCUGCACGCCGUUUAAAACUUCUUCGUUCCUGUGAUAAUGUAGAAAAGAAACAUUCCCAUACUGAAUCUCUUCCUGCAACUUAUGAUCCUUUUUCUUGUGAUUCUUCCAAAGUGGAAAACAAUACAUUGUCUAAAUCAGCUCCCUUGGGACAUCAUUUCGAAGAGGACUGGAUGUAUAGAUAUGAAGUAGAUGUUGGUCACCGUGAUGUUGUACUUAAUCGCCUUUCACUUUCCGUUAGCGAUAUUUCGUCUAUGCGUUCCAAAGGGUGUCGGGCGGCAGUACCAAGACCCUCUUGUAAUUCCUUAUCACAUCAGCGUCGACAUUUUAGUGGUGAUACUUCUUCUUCCACACAUACGGGUUUACCUUCUUCGGCACAUCCUUUUCCAGGAUUAAUUUCAGAGAAUCAUGGUAUACCGGUUGUUCGUAGUACACAGGAAAUAAAUAUUCAUAAUGUUCCUUCCUAUCCGAGAGAAGAAAUGGAGAGGUUUAUUUCUGGAGCGCAAAUGGCUGGAGUGGGAGGAGAUAAUUAUCCCCUUAGUGAUAUUCAUAUGGAUACGGAUAUGGGGAAAAGUGAAGUUACAUCUAGUCAACCCCUACAUAAUGGAUCUGGAGUUUCCUCUGCAUUUCAAUUAGAAAGCAGUGGAAGUUUUAAUGCAGAUAUCACUCCUUUAGAGAGAAAAUGUACUCUUACACCUACACUUUCUCCUCGUCGUAGUAGUUCUUCUUCUUCAAAAAAUUUUACACCCGGUGUUCAACCCUUUUCAACAUGGAAAUUUCCUGUUCUUGGUCAUGUGGACUCGGUAGCAACCAUGUUGAUACGUGAAGAAGACGACGAUGAAGAAGAAAAGGUUCCUGGAGCAAAUGUUUCUGGUAAUAAACCUCCAAAGAAAGUUUAUCCCGUUACUAAUAUUGUUGAUUAUGAUGUUAGUAAAAAUAAUAAUGAUAUUGAUAAUGAUAGUAAUCAUGAGAAGAAGAAUGACAUUAACGCUGAUGUCGCUAAACGGAAUAGUAUUGAUGCUGAUGAUAGAAAUCAUUCCUUAUUAAAGCCUUUACAUGAUCAAAACCAUAUGAGGCGUUUUCGACUCGUCUAUGAUAUUUAUGAGUCCCUUCUUUUAAAGGGGGAAGAAGAUAAUAAAUCACAUGUAGAAUCUACUCAUAGUACACCUCGACAUUUACCUCCUUUAAGAAUGCAUUCUACCUUAUCACCGUCAACAAAUAUUGGAUUACCAUCUGGUUAUUAUAGUCUGGGAUCACAGUGGGGUUUUAAACAUCCAAACAGACAAAUUGUAUCUCAUGUAUCCCCAAUUCUUCAUGGUUGCACGAAUCGACAACAUGAUGAAUUACAACGGAGUUUUACUAUGGCUGCAGAUCCUACUAUUAUAUCCUUGAUUGAACGACGUCCAUUAUUACAAACUACUUUAUUUGCAGGAUUUGUAUACCGAAAAAUAAAUGAACAGCUAAAGCAAGGACAUGGAAAUAAUGAUGGACAGAUAAUAUCUCAACCUCUUUCAACACAAUUUCGAGAUGAUCGCGAUAAAACUUCGCAGCAACAAGAAGAAAAACUUGCUACUGAAAUACCUGGAGUACAUACUAUUGGUACUUCAGUAGCAGCUGAAGAGAAUUCUUUGUGUAAAUAUUCUUCACGUUCUGUAUCUCAUUCUGUUUAUAAAGAAGCUGCAGAAACUAUUGCGGCAGAAGAUGGUACAACAGGAAUUCUUCCUUUACCAACAAAAUUAAAAGAUGAACCAUCAUCUGCAACUCCUCAUCGUGCACUUACUCAAAUGCGAUUAUGGAAAAGUAAAGUUCAUACUAUAGAUGGGGUAAGUCGUCGUGUUGAUAAUGAAAAUGAUGAUCUAGUUGUUUAUGUAGGAAUGAUUUUAAUGGGAUGGUUAGAAGUAGUUGAUCUUCUUGGGGCUGGAACAUUUGGUCAAGUUUUUUUAUGUAAAGAUUUACGUAUUGCUAAUCGUCGUUUUUUACAUCCAAGUGAAAUUGAAGGUGAAGAUUUUCAAUACUGGCAAUGUUCACAUGAAUAUAUCCCUUUUAGUGAUCCAUCUAUGGUACCAACACAUCCUGCUUUAGUAGCUGUAAAAGUUGUAAAAAGUCGAGCUUUAUUUGAACAACAAUCUGUAAUGGAAGCAGAAAUGUUAGUACAUAUUGGUGCACAAACGGCUCCACAGGGACAUUCUAAUACUGGAAGACUCAAAUCUAAUGAAUCAACACUUCCUAGUAUUGGAAUUCCAGUUUCAGAUCCUCGUUGUCAAUAUGUGGCGAAAAUUUAUGCUCAUGGAGUUUGUUAUGGACAUCACUGUAUUGUAAUGGAACGUUAUGGAGCUAAUCUUUUUGAAUAUGUGCAAGCGAAUGGUUUUAAGGGACUUCCUAUGUACCAUAUUCAAGCUAUUGGACGAAAAAUUUUAUCUGCAUUAACUCUAUUACAUGAAGAAUGUCAUGUUGUUCAUUGUGAUAUUAAACCUGAAAAUGUAUUACUAACACUUGAUUCUUGCUUUUCAUGUACAACUACUCUUUCUGGUAGUAGUACAAGUAAUGCUGCUGCUGCUGCUGGUGGUGGAAGUGGUGGUAGUGGUGGUAGUGAUAGGGCAAAGGUAUUGCUGGAAUCUUCUGGUGUACUUCUGGGACGUUCAGUAAAGAGAAGUUUAAUGAGUAAUAUGCUUGAUGCAUCUACAUCUAAUAUGACGGAGGGAUCUUUACCUGCUCCGUCGGCUCUUCGUGUUCAUCCUGUGAUGUCUCGGGAUAAAAGACCAAGUACUAGUAAUAGUAAAAGUUUACUGAGACCUGGAAGUAAGAGUGGAAGUAUUGCAAAAUCUUCUAUUAUACCACCUCUUCAUAUUAAACUGAUAGACUUUAGUAGUAGUAGUUAUGUUGAAGAGGGUAUAUACACAUAUCUUCAAUCACGAUAUUAUCGUGCCCCUGAAGUGAUUCUUGCUGCAGGUUAUGGACCACCAAUUGAUAUAUGGUCAACAGGAUGUUUACUUGCAGAAUUGUUGCUUGGUCUUCCACUGUUACCGGGUAGCUGUGAUUAUCAUCAACUUUACCUUAUGGAAGAAAUGCUUGGACCAUUACCAAACUCACUUUUAAAGAAAGGAAAACACACCCUUAACUACUAUGAUGUCGAAGAUUCUGAACCUUACAGUGAGAGUACACUAGGUAGUGACUCUAAAGAAACUCAUAAUAAAUCAAAACCUACUCCUUCCUUUCGUCUUUUAAAUGAAAAUGAAUAUCUUGCCCGCCGUGAAAAUGCACAGCCUGUGGAAUGGCGAUGCUAUUUUCAAUAUCGUACCCUCGCGGAGUUGGUGCGUAGAUGUAUGCUUUCAACUGAGGAGAAACGUAUUGCGGUGGGUUUAAGUCCCACAGCCUCUGUAGGGGAAACCCCAGAGGAAGUAGCGGCUGCGGCAGGAGGUGAACAAGGGACCCCGAUUAAAUCUAUUUUGGAUGAAAUGAUGCAACAACGUUUUUGGCUGUAUGAUCUUUUAAAGAAGAUGCUACACGGUGAUCCGUCUCAACGAUUAACAGCACGUGAGGCGCUUUCACAUAAUUUUUUUACAUAUACGCCAGAAUACAUGAAACCCUUUUUAGCCCCAGAAGAAUAA